AUGCCAGAAAAAGUGUUCACCUCUACUACUAGUCAGAGUCGGCAUCAAGCAGGUCGGUUGUUGACAGCAGACGCCAGCAGCAGCAUCAGCCGCUGCCGUGAUCAACAACGUGCUCAUGAUCAUCCGAUUCAAAUGAUGGAUGAGCAGGAGGAGGAGCAGGAGGAGGAUGUGGAUCAAGAUGAGGGUGCCGAGGAGGUGGCCCUGCAACCCGAGUGUGAUCAACAGCAGACGACCUCAGCAGCAGCAGCAGCAUCAGCAUCAGCAACAGUACCACCUGGAGCACCUCGCCGCCUGUCAGCACUGCCGCAACGUGGCCUGCCCUCACUGAAUGGCAGCACCUUCCGCGGGGCCAACUCGCAGCGGCACCUCCGUAUCACCCUCUACGUCAACGGUGACCGCCACUUUCCCGGCAGACCGUACGUCAUCAACCUGGAUCGCAUCAAGACGAUGGACCUACUCUGUGCCGAGCUGACCCGUCUUCUAGUUUCAGUGAUCACCUCACUGGAGGACUUUCUAGUCGACAACGAGUACGUGUACCUGGUGUACGGUAGAACUGAGCGGUGCACACUGCUCGACUUUAUGCUCGAUGAGUGCGAGCAACGUGAAAUCACGGCAAUUGUCGGCAACAAAUCUAGCGUCACUGCAACUGCCAACUACCAAGCACUGCUGCCUGGAGAGCUAAUGAAACAGCAGCUUCAGCAAUUUCAGCACAAUUCGGCGGUCAAAUCAACCAGUCCCGAAUUCAAUCUGGACGACGAUGAGCCGCCUAUUGAGCUGGAAGGCAACGAGGAUGAUGACGAUGAAGAAGAAGAUGAGGUAGAUAAUGAAAAUGAUGAAAACCUUCCUUAUAAAGAGGAAGAAGAGGAAGAGGAAGCGCAGCUGCCACCAGCCAAACGGCAUCUGCCUUUAGUUCCAAAAAAAGAGGUGGGCAGGCUGUACCAGAUUGGCGAGGCAAUUGGCGACGGCAAGUUUGGCGUCGUCUACACCUGCUCCCAGCGAGGCAGUGGCCGUGUCUACGCGCUGAAGGUCGUCGACAAGGGCGCCAUGCAGGAGAUGAUGGCCAAGUCGAGCAGUGGUGGGCAAGACCACCAAACCGCAAGUGGUCAGCAGCACCGAUCACCGCCGCCCAUGUCCUCCAACAGUGCCAACACCGAGGCGGCCAUCCUCAAGCGCAUCAGCCACCCGAAUAUAGUCAAAAUCUACGACCACUUUGAGUACGUCGACCAGUCGUACUUGGUGCUGGAGCUCUUCAAGGGUGGCGACCUCUUUGACGCAAUCACCUCGGCGGGCCGCUACAGCGAGUCAGAGUCACGGGAGAUGUUUCGCGACCUGAUGGAGGCACUCGCCUACCUUCACCGCCACCACAUCAUCCACCGAGACAUUAAGCUGGAGAAUCUGAUGGUCGCCUUUGUUCCACUGACAGCAACUACCAACAACUCACCUUCAAAGGGUCGAACUAGUUCCUCCUCCUUUUCCUCAAACUCUCGAUACUCAACAGCUGCUGGAGUUCCUGGCAGCAGCAGCAACAGCAUCAUUGUCCCUCCCGGCCGUCGCUACCGCCAGGCAAUCAAGCUGGCCGACUUUGGCCUUGCCACUGAAAUUCUCCCCAACGAGCUGCUCUUCACCGUUUGCGGCACGCCCACCUACGUCGCGCCGGAGAUCCUCCUGGAGAUCGGCUACACCUACCCGGUGGACAUCUGGGCGGCGGGCGUCAUCGCCUUCAUCCUCCUCUGCGGCUACCCGCCCUUCGCCAAUGAGGAGAACAACCAGGACCUCCUCUUUGACCAGAUCCUCGCAGGCCGCUUCGACUUUGACGACCGCCACUGGGCGGAGGUGGGCGAGCCGGCCAAGGCUCUCAUUGCCGCCAUGCUCAACACCGAACAGUCGGCCAGGCUGACGGCCGAUCAGGUGUUGGCGCAUCCGUGGCUGUCAGCGGCUGCCAGCGGAAACGGUCGAGCAGCAGGUGGGGGAAAAAAGCAGCCCAAGUGA